UGCAUGUUCAUAGUUCGUGAGUGUUUUAAUGAGUUUGUUUGUGCUGCAGGUACUAAUAUUCAGACUAACGAAGAAGUUGCAAUUAAGCUUGAAAAUGUCAAGACAAAGCAUCCUCAGUUGCUUUACGAAUCCAAAUUAUACAGAAUUCUACAAGGAGGAACUGGAAUUCCAAAUGUUAGAUGGUUUGGGGUGGAGGGAGAUUACAAUGUUCUAGUGAUGGAUCUGCUUGGACCUAGUCUUGAAGAUCUAUUCAACUUUUGUAGUAGAAAGCUGUCACUGAAGACUGUUCUUAUGCUUGCUGAUCAAAUGAUCAACCGUGUCGAGUUCAUCCAUUCUAAAUCAUUUCUACAUCGGGAUAUUAAACCGGAUAAUUUUCUGAUGGGCCUAGGAAGGCGUGCGAAUCAGGUUUAUGCAAUUGAUUUUGGUUUGGCUAAGAAAUACAGAGAUAGUUCAACCCAUCAACACAUUCCUUACAGGGAAAAUAAGAAUUUGACUGGAACUGCAAGAUAUGCUAGCAUGAAUACUCACCUUGGCAUUGAGCAAAGUCGCAGAGAUGAUUUAGAGUCUCUUGGUUAUGUUUUGAUGUACUUCCUGAGAGGAAGUCUUCCUUGGCAGGGACUUAAAGCUGGAACAAAGAAACAAAAGUACGAGAAAAUCAGUGAAAAAAAAGUUUCUACCUCAAUUGAAGCACUGUGUCGUGGCUAUCCAACUGAAUUUGCAUCAUACUUCCACUACUGCCGCUCAUUAAGGUUUGAUGAUAAGCCAGAUUAUGCUUAUCUCAAAAGGAUAUUUCGUGACCUCUUUAUUCGUGAAGGUUUCCAGUUUGAUUAUGUGUUUGACUGGACCAUCUUGAAGUAUCAGCAAUCACAACUAGCCACUCCUCCAGCACGGGGCAUUGGUCCUAGUGCUGGAACCAGUUCUGGAAUGCCACCAGCUGUUAUUACUAAUGCCGAUAGACAGACAGGUGGGGAAGAAGGACGGCCUCCUGGUUUGAUUUCGGUGGAUUCUUCAAGGCGGAGAAUGUCGGGACCCAUUUUAAAUUCUUUAUCAAGUGCCAAUAUCUUGGGCCAGUCAAGUGGAUCAUCAAGGCGGGUUGCUGUUUCUGGUAGCCGUGACGCAUUUGGUGCUGAGUCAGAUAUUCGUGCUCGAAAUACCGAAGCUAGCCCUGGAGCAGCACACAGAAUUACAAGCGGGCAAAGAAGUUCACCAGUUGGAUCUUCUGAACCCCAGAGAGUAACAGCAUCCGGUAGGCAUGGUUCUCACACCAGGAAUUAUGACAGUGCAGUGAGGGGCAUGGAGAAUUUGCAAUUAGAGACUGACGAGAGGGCUCAUUAUUAAUUUUCUGCAAAAGUUGCGUAUGUGGGUUUGUAUUGUUUGCUCAUCUUCUCAUACCGAUGA